CUCCUUCUCUCUAAAGUUGAAGCUUCGACAUCUUCGUGCUCCAACCAACCAACUCCUGCUUUCCGAACCGACCAGGCCGGCACAAUGGGAAGCUGCCUCUCCUCACCAGGAGCGAAGAAGCAGGUGGAGAACUUGGAGGCGCAGGCCAAAGUUAAGGGCACCGAGGCCUUGGACACCCUGAAGGGGAAGCUGCAAGGCACCGGAACCACCGGACAGGCCACUGCAGCACAGCCUACUCCAGCUGCCGGGGCUGCUGCACCAUCCACUCCUGCUGCUGGUGGCGUCGAGGGCAAGUUGGAGCAGGCAGUGAAGGCUGAGGAGCCCAAGCUGGAGCAGGCAGUCAAGACAGAGGUGACUGGUGCGGGAGGGGCUGGCACUGCCGCACCUGCUGCCCCUGCGGCCCCAACUGCUGCAAUUUAGGUGGCACCAACCCCGGAGCAGCCGGACAGCCGGCCGAUGCUGUACAGGAAAAAGUAGAUGCCGCCACAAAGAAUGCUCUGAAUGUGGCAGAAGCUAACAGGUCAGAUGCUCAGCAGACCCUCGACAAGGUCAAGGACCAAAUAACUGAGGGACAGGCCUGAGUCAGGAGUGGCGAGCAAACCAAUGCACUAUCAGAACUCUGUACCGCAUCCUUGAGCUUUAUCUGACCUGACCUGAUCACUGACAAUGGACGAUUCCUCAUCUUCAAUUGUAGAUGCUUUCAUGUGAGGCAGUUUGCAUUUGCAGAAGUUGCAUCAGUUGGGUCACGGCUUGUCAAGAUUACACACGUUGGGAUACGAUCGUUCUGUGGAGUCCGUCUGUAAAUAUUCAUUUGCUCUAAA